AUGGAGUCUAGCGAUCAAGGCUAUCUUGAAUACGAAUUUUCAGUGGCGGGGCAGCAACACCGCAUUUCAGACCUCCCAUUCCGCACAAGGGAAUCUCAAGAAACCAGUAACCUUCCUCAUCCUCAACAUUCUGUUCUAAUUGAAUAUCGAAUUGCAAAUGAAACUUUGGGCACCAGACUAUUAAGUAUGGGUGUUCUUUCCAUUCACGAGUCCGAUUCAUAUUCCGACCUUCUAGCUGCAAUCAAAGGCAAAUCAAAUGAUAGAGAGAAUGUCCCAUUAAUCUGCAAAGAGAAAAGUAUUGCGAUUAGAUGGAAAAUUGGUCAAGCUGUUAACGAUGAUUCGUAUGACACCCUUUGUGGCCCUGAUGUUAUCAUGAAUAGGCUCAUACGCAUGAUGCGUGAGAGGCACUGGAAGGAUCGACUGGUCGUUGUGUACCAUGCAGAGGAGAAUGAUAGUAGUGAUAGUAGUAAGAGUAGUAAUAGUGGUUGGACAAGGGUCGGAAGUCAGGGGUCAUUGAAGUUUUUUUGA